AUGGGUCUCCGAGGCGUGCAGUUGGGCCUCAGAGUCUGGGAGUUCGUAUGGACCCUGCUCGUGAUGGCCCUGGUCGGUAACAUGAUCGCCGAGUCCUUCGCCGGAAACCCCGCGACAGUGAACUAUUCCAUCUAUACAUCGGUCUUUUCAAUGUUCACGCUAUUCUACCUCAUCCCAGCAUCGAUCAACCUCGACUGGGCCCUGCACCCCAUCAUCAUGAUCGUCAUUGAUGCUCUGAACUGCAUUUUCUUCUUCUGCGCAGGUAUCGCCCUCGCCGCCAAGCUCGAAUGCCACUCCUGCAGCAACCAGGGAUACCUCCGCAACAACGAAAUCACCAACGGCUCCCACAAUAUGUCCAAGCGCUGCCGCGAGGCUCAGGCCUCCGUUGCGUUCCUCUGGUUCGCCUGGGCAGGCUACUUGGCCUCCGUCGUGGUCUCCAUCUUCAUGUCCCGCUCGGCUACUGUCAACAUGCGCGGCCGCUCUUCUGGUAGCCGUCGGGGCGGUGCCGCCCCCAACAUGUCCCAGGUCUAA